AUGGCGGUCGUGGCGGCGAUGCUGGUGGUCGCGGGCGGCGGCGGGUGCGACGGCGCGGUGCUGAAGGCGCACUUCUACCGGCGCAGCUGCCCCGCGGCGGAGGCGGUGGUGCGCGACAUCGUGGUGGCGCGCGUGGCCACCGACCCCGCCGCGCUCCCCGCCAAGCUGCUGCGCCUCUUCUUCCACGACUGCUUCGUCAGGUUCGGGCGGGACCUGUGGGACGUGCAGCUGGGGCGGCGCGACGGCGUGGUGUCGCGGGCGUCGGAGGCGCUGGCCAACCUCCCCUCGCCGUCGAACAACUUCAGCACCCUGGAGGCCAACUUCGGCAGCAAGGGCCUGGACAUCAAGGACCUCGUCAUCCUCUCAGAAGGAUCAGGCAUCUAA